UGCUGUUGAGCCACUUUCUUGGGACAUACGGCUCAAAAUAGCCAUUGGUGCAGCACGGGGCCUUGCUUGCUUGCACACAUCAGACAAGAAAGUCAUUUACAGGGACUUCAAAGCAUCUAAUAUACUGCUUGAUGGGAACUACAAUGCAAAAAUCUCAGAUUUUGGCUUGGCGAAAUUGGGGCCCUCAGGUGGAGAAUCGCAUGUGACAACACGAGUUAUGGGCACAUAUGGUUAUGCUGCUCCAGAAUAUGUUGCAACAGGUCAUUUAUAUGUGAAGAGCGACGUGUACGGUUUCGGUGUUGUGCUGCUGGAAAUGCUGACAGGUUUGCGGGCACUUGAUUCCAAACGCCCCAGUGGGCAGCAUAAUCUGAUUGAUUGGACAAAGCCCUUUCUCUCCAACAAAAGGAAGCUGAAAUCAAUUAUGGAUGUGCGGAUAGAAGGGCAAUAUUCUUCAAAGGCAGCGUUGAUUGCUGCUCAACUCACUAUACAGUGCCUGGAAUCAGAACCUAGAAAACGCCCCCCCAUGAAAGAAGUUGUAGAUAUCUUAGAACGGAUUGAAGCCAUGAAGCAAAAACCAAAAGAAUCCCAAGCCAUCUCUACACACUCUACAGCUCAUCGUCAUCAAAAUGAACUAGUGCAUAUUUAGUACUAUGCAUCUAUUUCUGGUAACAUGGAAUGGAAGUCGUACUAUGCAUUUCUC